GUAUUUUUGGCGAAUUCCUCGAAAACGUCUGGGCGCGAAAUUCACUUCUCACACAAAUCUGAGGUAAAUCCCGAAGCCGUGUUUAAUCUGAAGUGAGAAAUUAAGAAUGGCUAAGUGUUAUAAAGAAGAGGGAGAGAGGAGUGGACUGGACACGGACACCACUCAGAUGAAAACAGAAAAUCACAAACACAGCUUUAGAUACUGUUACGAAUCCAAGAACUACACAGUGACCUGUAAUACCCCUAAGAGCAUCCUAGAGACACUUCAGACCGACUCCUCAUUUAAAGGCAUCUAUAAGGAAAUACAGAAGAAAAUUAAGCAGGAAAUAGUCAUCAGGAGAGAGGAGAUGCCCAGAGCUGCUGUGACACCACAUUUCCCCUGCUGUUUGCUCAACCACAACGAGCUUCUGGACCUCGAGUUCAUCACAUCUGGUGGAAACAGCGAUUCAGUGAAUCCACCAAAAAUCGCUGUUAACUCGCAGGAAAAUCUGGCUUGUUUCUACAUUCAGACCAGGGGUGGUAAAAAUAUCCGCAAGGUGAUGGAGAAUAAUGAGCUGAAAAGCACUGUGGAUUAUGUGUGUGUGUAUGCAGUGAAAGGGGAAAAAGUGAAAAUGGCACUAAAGCGUGAUGGGAGAUUUACCGAUGCGGUUGUCAAAAAAGGAGCUCUAUAUGAGCAGGAAAACAAGAACAUCACAAAUCUCUCUAAUCUUGUUGAUCAUCUGGAUGGAAAGCAGUUUCAGGUCAUUGUCUCUCGUCACCCGACAGGCAGCCAGGAGUCGAGCCAGGACCUGAGUCAGGAGUCAGAAGAAACAGUGAAGGUUGAAAAAAGUGAAGCUCCUGAAACCCCUCAAGAAGAAAAACCAAACCAAAACUCCACCUCCGCUCAAGAGAAGAAAACAGACACACCACCGAAAGAAAAGAAGUGGAGAAAAUUCCCAGACACAAAAGAGAUCUCAAACACAGAGGAGAUCCUGAAGCUCCUGCGAGAGCAGCAUGGAGACUUGUUGAAGACGCUGAAUUUGCGAAAGAAUGUUGAUGUGAAAAGGUACUUCAGAGAGGAGUAUAAUAAAAGCAUUCAGAGCUUUUCGGAGGUGAAGAAGGUGAAGCAGUUGAUGGAAAGAUCAAACUCUGUCUGCCAAAUUCGCAUUAAUAAUUCUGCUGUUGGAUCCGGAUUUCUGCUCUUUAACAAUUUUAUCCUCACCAACGCACAUGUUGUUGGAGACUCUUGUUCUGAACCGAAACAGAAACUAACAGCUGUGUUCCAUUUUGAAGAUUUAUCCUCUGUAGUAAACGUGAUACCAGUGAACGAGAACCCUGUUGUUUAUAUGAAGGAAUACGAUGACAUGGGGAACUAUCUGGAUUUUGCUUUGUUGGAACUGAGCAGUGAUGUAAAUCUCCCUGGACUGCUGAGGUUCUAUAGCCCUCCAUCUAUUAGGGGUCCUGUCUGCAUUAUUGGACACCCAGAGGGCAAUGUCAAGCAAAUGGACCCUUCUUUUAUUUUUGCAAAAGAGGACACUCAUGUCCUUCAUGUUAUAACACAGCUGUGCUUGGCUGAGGACAAGGAUAUCCGUAAAUCAAAAAUCUUUUACAAUACCUGUUUCUCUCAUGGAUCAUCUGGCUCUCCACUGUUUGACGAGCACUGCAACCUCAUUGGUGUUCACACCGGUGGAUAUGCUUAUGAAGAGGAAAGAAAGAAAAAAAAGGUGAUAGAAUUUUCAAUUUCACUGCUUCAAAUUCUGGUGAAUAUCUUCAUAAAGUGCAAUGAGAAAAGAUCUGAUGUAGUUCAGUACUUUGAGUCCCAAAACAACAUGAAAUAUGUCAUUGACAAAGCAAAGGAAAAGCUAGAGAGAAUUCCUCAGCCCAUGGAGACUUCAUAAUGAUCAUGGCAUCAUUAACCACAAUAAUGUGGGAUUUGCACAUCAAAAGGAUGGGAAAAAAUCAAUGAUUUUCAACAAGUGAUUCAGUUCUUCAACAUCCAGAAAUCACUGAUUCCAGCCAUCUUCUCCCUCACUGGGACUGCCUUCAUCUUCAGCAUGGUUCAUUUUAUAUUUAGUUGCUUUUGUCUCAUGCUGAUGUUUCCUCUCUUUUCUUGCUUGUCACUGGAGAUAACCAGCACAUAUAUAUUGUAAUGUUUUCUCUUUAAUAACUGUAACAUAUUCAUUCGUAUUUUUUUUUAACUGGUAGAGGUGAGAGGUUCAGAAUUACAAAUGUAAUGAAUUUGAAUAAAAUCAUGAUUUUUUUUAUUUUUCUAUAUAUUCAUUAUCCUGCAUGAUUCUUUUGUGUUUGAUUAAUUUAUUCCAUCACUGUAAUACAGAAUAAGAAAAUAAUAUUUAAAAUGAAUCAGAGGGUCUGCUGAUGCUGUUCUUUGAUUAUUUGAUGAGACUAAAUGUAGAUGUUUGUGUCUCCUCCAUGUUGUUAGCAUGGGACUGUGUUAUUUAAGUUUCUGCUCACCACAAUGUUCAUGGCAUCAUAUAAAACACUUUUAGCGACACUUUCAAAGCCCCAUUAAAUGACUCACAAACACACCUCUGGCCUCAU